AUCUAAAUCGCAAGUAUUUGGAGAGCGUUAAUCAGCUAGCACAUACAAUUUGGACCAAGACUAACGCAUCAAAUUUAUUACCUAGAUCCAGCACACUGCUACAGAAGUUUGUUCCUGUCAGAUUCUGUACAAAGUAAUUUGCAACUAAUUUAGAUAAGCAAUGCUCAGAUGUUAUGGGAUUAUUGACAAAGAUUAAACAAAUAGAAUCUAGAAUGAUAUUGAAAAAUACAGCUAAUCCACGCCAAAAGGAUAUUCGCGAAAUUGAACUUCUCAUAUCAAGGGAUCAAAAAGUUAAAGUAACAUUGUGGGGAGAUUUAGCUCAUUCUUUAAGUGAAGAUGUUAUUGGCAAGCACACAGUUGUAAUUGUUACUUCAACAAUGGUAGAAGGUUUGCAAGGUUAGUUCUUUCAACACAAGACAUCAUAAAGAUGCGUACUAAUUUAUGAAAGCUAACGUGUUAAUAAUCAUAUAAUACGUAUGCUGUCUCUGAAAACUACCAACGGCACAAGAUUAUAUAAGAAUUUGGAUAUCCCUGAAACUUGGAAAUUUAUUGCUAGUGUUCCAUAUGAAGAAAAUGUACCAAAAAUAAUGGAGGUAGACAAAAGUACACAAGGUACAUUAGAGGAUCAAAUGUUUUAUAAUAGGAGAACUUUACAAGAAAUUACCCAAAUGAGGCACGAGAACCCAACAAAUCAGGAUUUUAUUUUUACAAGGGCCACAAAUUGAUCGACUAGACAAUGAUUUGUGGUGGUACAUGUCAUGCAAUGUUUGCAAUAAAAUGUGCACUAAAAUAGCCAACAAAUAUCAUUGCAGUAAGUGCAAUACAUGUCCUGAAGCGACAACUCCUAGAUAUUGGAUUUGGCUCCAAAUUAGUGACCACACAACAAGCACUACCUGCAAUAUAUUUGACGACGAAGCACAAAGAAUGCUCAAGACAACAAUCACUAACAUGCUAGAUUCACUUAAUGGAAAUUAUGAAGAGGUUCCUAAGAGCAUACAACAGCUUUGUGGAAAAACACUUAUCUUUCGAUUCAAGUUCAGUGACCAUAACUUGACAGAAGGAAAGGAAUACUAUUUAGUUAAAAGAACAUUUGAGCUAAAUGAUAAGCUUGAGAUGAAACAUUUUGAUGAUCAAGCUGAGGAACAUGUCACAAGUGUUUCACCUAUCAUGGUUGCAAAUAUUGAAGAAUCAGAGGACUCCAUUACCCCGAUACGUCCAGGAGACCACGUAUCCCGUAUCCGAUACGUAUCGGAUACGAAUACGCUAGGGAUACGCCGGGGAUACGUAUCCAUCGCGUAUCGGCGUACUGGGCCGCAGUGGGCCUUGAAACUCAGGUUUGGAUACGUAUCUGGUGCCGUAUCGGAGAGCAGAGAGAGGAGCGCGCGAGCUCGAGAUCCGCCGCCGCGGGAGGGGGAGGGAGGAUGGAGGUGCGGGGCACCGGAGCCGAGCCGAGCUCGCCGCCCGCCGAGCUCAUCGCCCGUCGGGGAGAGAGAGCCAGAGAGGGGCUCCGGCCGCCGCCGCCCCGAAUCGAGGGAGGAGGAGGGAGCAAGGCCGUCCGCCGCCCCAAAUCGAGGGAGGAGGAGGGAGCAGGGCCGUCCCGCGCCUCCGCUACACCACGAACCGCGCCUCCGCCCCGCACCGCGGCCGCAUUGGCCGCCGAGGGAGGGGGAUCCAGCGCGACGAGGGAGGAGGGCUGCCGCGCCCGCCGUCGACCAGAUUCGGUGGCCGCCCGCCGCACCUGCCGCGCCUGCCGCCGUCUAGCCCGGUGCCGGCGAGGGAGGCCGGAGGAGCGCCGCCGCCGGCCUGGGGAGAGUGAAGGGAGGAGAGAGAGAGAGAGCGGAGUGCGACGGGGUGGGGGGAGUGGGUGGAUAAAAAAUGAAGUGUAUGAUAUGUGGGACCCGCAGUUAGUAGUUGAUAUGCUGGUGCCAUAUUUCUUAUGAAAUACCUAGGUACUAACAUGAAUUGGCUCCAUUCUAGAGAAGCCAUUAUUAUUAUUAUUGGUGGAGGAAAUACUUUGUAGCGCUGCAUUAUUUUUAUUUUAUUUUUUAAAUAGUAAACGUAUCCGCGUAUCGGGUUUUUUAGAAAAUUGCCGUAUCCGCGUAUUCGUAUCCUUCCGAUACCGAUACACGUAUCCGUGCAACUUAG